GUUUAGUAGGUGUUUAUUUUGAAUGUUUCAUUAGAAGAACAUAACCCUUCAAAAUGUGUUUAUAUUUCGAAAGAUCGAAAUUAUAAUUUACUAUUUCUUAUAUUUUUAUAAUAAAUCCAAAUUACAUUUCUUUAAAGUAUUAUUCUUUGACACUGACAGUGUCUAAUGUAGAGUUUAAUACAAGUCAUCGUAAUGAGUGAAUUUAAACUUCAUCAUUUAGUUAAAGAAUUAAUUGAAUUAUUGGGAUCAUCUGCUCCACCAGAAAAAUAUGUAGAAAAAAUUCACAAGGAAGCGACAACUUCCCCUUCUGCAUUGAAUACAGUCGUUACACAAAGUUGUAUACGACAAGUAGCAAAAAAUGCCCCUAAUCCAGAAUUAUUUCUUCAAAAAUAUGAGGAACUUAAAUCAAAGAAGGUGGAUCUAUUGGGGCCCUUCACACAACUUUUGCAAUUUUUAACUCUGGAUGAGGAUUUAAAAGAAUCUUUAGCAAAAGUCAUAUUGACUUCAACAACCACACCUUCAUCAAAAUCAAUUACGGAAGAUGACUUGUCAAAGAUUCGCAAGAGUGUUAUAAAAGCCGCAGUUGAGGGUGAAAAGAAAUUUAGCAGGCAUGUUGGAACUGUUGGUAGACAUAGUGAUCAAGCAAUUGCAAGGCCGAAUUGGAUCAUAGAAAGGCCUCGAAUUUCUUGGGAUUUUCAUAACGACAUGUCCAUUGUUCCUUGUCAAAAGGCUGUGCCUAUUGUAUCUCAAGAAUCAGUACUACUCUGGGAUCUUUUGAACUGUUUGAAAGGAAUCGAUGGAACUUACAUAGUUUCAGAAUCCUUGAAAAGUCAGUAUGAUGCAGUUGUAUUCAAAAUAUCACCCGAUGUUGGUAUUUCAUACCGACAAUUGACGCAACAAAUUUUGCCAUUGGCUUCAUAUUAUUCAAUAACCGUUCGAUUUAUUGAGGAAAAAGAUUUACCCGAUUCAGGUCAAGUGAAUCACGCCUUAAGAAGUGCUUUGAGAUGUCUACUCAAAGAUUAUUUGUUGUUCCUGGUACAAUUAGAAAUGGAGCACAGACGUGGAAAACUGAAUUUACAGAAAAUGUGGUUCUAUAUUCAACCAACAAUGGCAACAAUGUCAAUUCUCUCACAGAUUACGUCAACUAUUUGUAAAGCAAAUGCCAGAGGUGGAAAAGUGUUGAGUUUACUUCACGAGCAGGUAAAUUCGAUGAGCGGAGACGCAAAGUGCAAAGAACUUUGUUUAUUUUUAAUAAAAGAAUCAAGUGUUCCAUAUAUGAAGAUGUUAGAAAAAUGGGUGUAUAAAGGUGUUAUCUACGAUCCAUAUCAAGAGUUUCUUGUAGAAGAUAACGAGCUUAUCCAAAGGGAAGAGCUUCCUAUGGAUUAUUCAGCGGAUUAUUGGGAAAAGAGGUACACAAUGAGACCUGAUAGGAUUCCAAUUUUUCUCAAUGAUCUUGCACAAACGAUUCUCAGAACUGGAAAAUACUUUAACGUCAUCAGGCAAUGUGGUAAAACUGUUGAAUAUAGAAAGCAAGAACCUCUGGUUUAUCAACAUCGUGAUCAAAAGUACAUUGCUAUUAUUGAUAGAGCUUAUUCCGAAGCGGCAAGAACAUUACUUGAAGUUCUAAUUCAGGAAAAUGAUUUAAUGGGAAGAUUGCGAAGCAUUAAAAGCUAUUUUCUUCUCGCUCAGGGUGAUUUUGUUGUGCAAUUUAUGAACCUUUGCGAAGCGGAAUUAAGCAAAAAUAUGGAUGACAUUGUAAUUCAUCGAUUGGCUUCACUUCUUGAAGUAGCUUUGCGUCUAUCGACUGCAGAUUCUGAUCCCUAUAAAGAUGAUUUGAAACCAGAAUUACUUCCCUACGAUCUUCAAUAUCAGAUGUUUAGAAUAUUGUUGAUUCAAACAAGCGAGGAGAAAGAAUUUUGCAUGCAAACAGAUAAAGUACUGAGUGGAUUAGAGGCAUUUGUUUUUAAUUACGAUUUAAAGUGGCCAGUUUCGUUAGUGAUCAACAGAAAAGCUAUAGCUUGCUACCAAAUGUUAUUUAGACAUUUGUUCUACUGCAAGCAUAUCGAAAGACUUCUUUGCAGAGUAUGGAUCAGCAACAAAAUCGCAAAGACUUUUACUCAUGAAGCUGCAAUGGCUUAUCGACAAGCUUUCUCUGUAAGGCAGCGAAUGUUAGAUUGCAUCCAACAUUUGGAAUAUUAUAUGAUGGUCGAGGUGAUCGAACCUAAUUGGCAAUUAUUUUUAAAUAAAAUGAGCAAAGUUACUAACGUCGAUGAUGUAUUGAGCGUACAUCAAGAUCUGCAGGACAGUUGCCUAAGAGAAUGUAUGCUCACAGAUCCCGAUCUGCUAACAUGCAUAACUGGAAUUUGCGCCACUUGUGUAGAAUUUUGUGAAUUUAUGCAGCAUAUGAGCCGCUACUUCGUCGAUGCUGAAUUGACUUCGAUGAUGGGCACCUGCCAAGACGACACCUCUGAACCUGAGACGGAUAUGAGUUUAUCAUCAAGCGCAGAUGGAACAAGUUUUGAAGAGAAAAUCAGUUUUCUUGACAAUAAAUUUACUGAGGUGCUGAUUCGUCUUUUGGAAAGAAUUUGUGACAUCGGCUGCGAUAAUAAUAACGAAAAAUUGCGCAACGUUUUAUGUCGGUUGGACUUUAACCAAUUUUAUGUACAAAAAAUUGCUGCUCGUGAUACAAGAAAAAGAACUUCUCAAGAUAUUUCGGGCUGAAAACAAUAUCUACUUUUUUAAAAAUUCGAAAAAGGCCAUCUUCACUGUUUAUUUUGUAUGAAAUCAAACAAGUUGUUGAAAUUUAACAUUAAGCAGUUGUGAAUCUCUACGUUCCUUUUUAGUGUACAAGCACACGCAUCUCUAAUACUAUUAAAUUAUUAUACAAAUUUAAUCUCUCUGAUCCAUUUCUUAGAAGACAAAAUUUUUCAUGAUAAUA